CGUAGAUUAGUGUUCCCUUAAACACAAAUGAUAUUUUCAAAUCAAUAUCAUUUAAAAUGCUGUCAUCUUCAAAAUAACAUUAAAUUCCUUAAUGUGUUUGUGAAAUGUAAAUUAAAAUGUUCAAACGAAAAUGUAUAUUCGGACCGAAAGCGGGUUGCAAAAUUAUUGUAAAUAUUGAAUAACCGUGGAACACAUUUGAACUUCUAAAAUUGCUAAAAAAUAACCGCGAUAAAAUAACUUAGACGCAACUGUACAUAAACAUAAACAUUAUAGUACAUUAUAUUUGAAAAAGAUGAAGAAAAGAAAACCAAUUGACCAAUCGACCAAUAUCAAUUAAAUUCUGUUAUUGCAGUUUUCGUUUGUCACUUAAUAAUUGUAUUUUUAUUAAAAGUCAAGCUUAUAGACAAUUCUGGACUUUCCAUUACCGAAUCUAAAAAUAGACGCUAAUGAUAAAUAUACAGGUCAGAAGACGUCAUUUAGCAAGCAUUUCGAGAAUCAUACAAGUUUCGAAAAGUAUAUACGUGUAAAGAUAUUAAUAAAGUUAUAUUAUAAUUAAUUAGUUUGUAACCUACCUUAUUCAAUUAUCAAAUUACGAAAUUACGAACUUUUCUGCAAAUAAAAUGUGCUAUUUAAGAUGGAUGCAUAUUAAAUUAAGUAAGCGUGUAACAUAGUAACUUAAAAAUACAUUUUAUGUUCAAUAAUUUAGCAAACGUAAAUGUCGUGUUUUGUAAACACACGUGUUGUUUCAGUAAGAAAGUUCUUGACUAAAAAAUAAAUACACGUGAUACCAACAGAUUUAUAAAUAAACGGUGACUCAUCCAAAUGGUAUAAAUAGUGUGUCCUAGAUAACGGUGAACAUUCGUUAAUAUGCAACACGUGUGAUUACAUGUUAAAGACAGUCAACAUGACUAUGAUGAAUGAAGACGAAGUUCCUAACAGCAGAUAUAGUGACCCCAACACACAUUUUGUUCAACAAAAUCGGUUUUUACCAGACGUUGUUCACUGUACAAUGAAAAUGGACAGUUUAAAUCAGGUAAAUUAUAACACUGAUCAUGGUAGAUGCGUUAUGACAGAAACCACUGCAUACGGUACAGAGCAAUAUCUUGAUACUGCACCAGUGUUUUCUGGAGUAAAUAAAAAGAUGAGUUAUAGGGAGAGCCAAAGAGAUAUCAACGAUUUAUGUGAACAACUUGAUUCUGUAGAAAUGAUUGGUGAUUGUUCGAUGAAACGUUUCAACGAACUAGAAUCAUUUCAAGGAAAUCAUGGAGGCCAUAUGGCAGCAAACAUUGACGCUUCUAGAAUAUAUUUAAGGGAUAAAGAUGGAGAUACCCUCUUACAUACAGCCAUUAUAUUACGUGAGGUAACAUUAGCAAUGGUGUUUAUUGGUAAAGCACCAUCAAACACCCUGGUUGUCUUUUACAAACGUUUUAUUUCAAACACCUCUACAUCUUUUCAGUAUUAACUAAUCAGCCAGAAGUCACUAGAAGAUUAAUUGUGGCUGGUGCUGAAGUAGAUAAACGCGAUAAAGACGGAAUAUACAUCUUUGCACAUUGCAUGUCGCCAAGGACAACACAAAAAUGUGCAAAAUAUUCUUGAGCCUGUCAGAUAUCAUGAAAUCAAACAGAAUUCUUAUGAUAUACCAAACCAAACAAUUCCACAGGAUUUAUCCAUAAAGAACUAUGAGGGAAUAACUUGCCUUCAUUUAGCUGCAUCACACGGACAUUUAGAUAUAGUUAGUAUGUUACUGGACAAAGACAUAGACGUUAACCUCAAGGAAGGAAAAACAGGUCGGACAAUACUACACAAUGCUUGCCUUACUGGUGAUUUAAAUCUAGUCAAAUUACUGUUAAGGCAUCGUUCCUGUAAUAUAAAUGCAAGGGCCUUUGAUGGGAUCACACCAUUUGACCUUGCACGCAUUCGAGGUCAUGAAGACAUUUGCCUGGUCCUUGCUGCUGCAGGGGCAGGAUAUGGAGAAGAUUUAACAGACUCUGAUUAAAACGUAUUAUAAAAGACUGCAAGUCCUUUUACAUUAACAUGUGCUGUUCCGAUUCAGGGGGAAAAAUAUUUAAUGUCUGACAUUUAUCUCAAUCAGGGAAGGAUUUUAGACAACAAUGUUCAUACUUAUCAUUAUGAUUCCACAAACAGUAAACUGAAGUUGCAAUAUAUUUAUAUAAAUCCUAGUCGUGUACUUAUCAUAUGUUAGUGAUAUUCUAAAUACCUCAUAGUUGUUAUAAAUACAAAUGUUUUAUAUUAAUUAUCCACAGAUAACUGCUCAAUUAA